GAUAGGAUCUUGAAGGUGGUACUAUUAGUAUCAUCCUUUGCUAGCAGUAUGAGACAUCCGUUUUUAAUAAUCACUACCCAUACUUCUCUUUCUCGAUGGGAAGAUGAGUUUUCAUGUUGUGCACCAUCAAUCAACGUUGUUGUGUAUAAAGGAAGUGAAGAUGUUCGUUCUUUCAUUAGGACUGUGGAGUUCCAUAAUGAGCAAGGUGCCAUUAUGUUCCAUGUUCUUAUCUCUCACUGUGACACUGCUGAUCAGGAUAUUGAAAUAUUCAAGUCUAUUAGUUGGGAAGCCAUAAUCAUAGAUACUAGCCAAAGAUCAUUUGCACCAAGGAGCUUAAGACAAAUCACCGUGCUUUCCAGCAAUAAGAAAUUACUUCUUCUCCGUCAAGUAGAGAAGAUCUGACUACCGCAAAUUUCUCUCGUUACUCGAUCCAGACUAUGAAGAGACAAAUGGUGAUUUUCCAGCGAGUAGUGGAUCUGAAACGGAAUACAUGAAGUUGAAAGAACGGUUCACAAAGUUUGUUGCUUAUGAAUGCAAGACCUCUGCUAUCUCUAAAUUUAUCGAGUACUGGGUCCCAGUCAGGCUCUCAGAUCUGCAAGUUGAACAGUAUUGUGCUUGCCUUUUGUCAAAUUCACACUUGCUCUGCUCAACUUUGAAGAGUACAGAUUCUUUCAGCACCCUUCAUGACAUACUAAUGGCAACUCGAAAGUGCUGUGAUCAUCCUUACCUGGUGGAUUGGACUUUGGGGAGGUCAAUUGUGAAGGGCCUUCCAGUGGAUGCCCAUUUAGAUGUUGAAAUUGAACUUAGUGGAAAGUUACAACUCCUCAGUAGGAUUCUAAUCGAAGUUAGGAAAAGAGGCCUAAGAGUCCUAAUUCUUUUUCAAGCUCUGCCUGCAUCUGGGCAGAUUUCUGUAGGAGACAUUCUGGAUGACUUCAUUCAUCAAAAAUUUGGGAAAGACUGUCAUGCACGCAUUUGUGUGAACGUUUCCCCCCCAAUGAGGCGAUCCAUACUGAACAAGUUCAACAGUAAAGAGAGUGGCAAGUUUGUGCUUUUGAUGGAAACUCGUGCAUGCUCUCCCAGUACUAAGCUUUCAGAUAUAGAUAGUGUGAUUCUGUUUAACAGUGACUGGGAUCCGGCAAACGAUUUCAGAGCACUCCAGAAGGUCAGCAUUGAUUCAAAAUUUGAGCACUUGAGCAUCUUCCGCCUGUAUUCAUCUUGCACCAUAGAAGAAAAGAUACUGAUUCUUGCAAAGAGGGGGUUGACCAUCGACAGUAAAAUCAAUAGGAUAAAGCAGGCGACAUGCCAUGAGCUGUUGGCUUGGGGGGCCUUGUACCUAUUCAGGAGGAGCAGCAGCAGCAGCAACAGUAAUGUCACACAAUAUUUCAACACUCUUCUUGAUGAUGUGUUCUCUGAGCUGUUAAACCUAUUACCCGGUGGAAGUGGGAACGCUGCUGCUGAUAACAGCUGCUGCUUGAGGAUUUCGAGAGUGGAACCGGCAGUUGACGGAGGAGCCUAUGCGCAACAGAAUAUAUCAUUACCUGUGGAACUGGAGACACAGUUGAUGGAAGAUUCCUCAUUUUUAGAAGGAUUGAUUGGUGAAGGACACACGUCUUUGUUCUGGAUGAAUUUGUUCCAAGGGAAGGGGUUAUUUUUGUCUAUACCCUCCUCUCGUACUAGAAACCGUCAGCCUUGGUCACUGAAUAAUGGCUUGGAAAAGGAUGAUUCUGAUGACUCAGAGACAACACAUCAGGAGUUCGAUGAGGAGGGUAUUAAUGAUGAUGUUGGAAGCAGAGAAACUAUGGGAAAUAACCAACCACUGGCCGCUGUUUUUUCAGUCCAACAGUCUGCAGGGAAUGUACCACUAACAGAUACAACUGUCUCGCGAAACACAAAAGAUUUAGGAAGAAUUCAUACUCCUCUUCAUAGCGAAAUGAACAAGAUACAAGUGGAGAGAGAAUCAACUAUGAAACUGCAUGAAGAAUUGAAGUUGCUUCUCAAAUCCGAGUUUGAGAAAGAAUUGCGUGAGAUAAGGAAGAAGUAUGAUUUGCUACUUGAGAACGUAGAGAUGGAAAUAGCCAAAAAGCAGGAAGAGUUUGAUGCAUGCUUCGCCAGGGUAUAUGUGAGCAAGUUGUUAGCUGAAUUUAUGGUUGAGAAGGUGAAUAAUGUGGUUGACUGUACAACUAAUUUUCAACCCAUGGAAAAAGUGAGCAGCGGAAAGUCUGUCUUCAGUAAAGGGACAUAUCAGCUCUGUUCCCAGCAAAUGAGUUCUUAUAAAGAAAAUCAGCAGGAGAGUAAUGCAAUUGCUGCCCUUCCUGGAGAAGCAUUAUUGGGAAGCCAAGUAGACAGCGAUGCACCAUCAAGAUCACAAGUGAUGAGGACAUGGAGACCUCCUCCAACCCGGGGUAAUGGCCCUCUGUUCUUGCCAGUGACUUUGCAAGUUGGCGGUGUCCCUGAUCCAUCAUCUGUAGCCGCCCAUCAAACUAGGCCAUUUUCGUGUUUGAGCUUUUCUGGGAACCUUGAAGCAAGGUUUGAAAUCAGAGUCCCCCCUCCUCAUCUAAGACGCCUGAUAAGGUAACAGUUCGGCCUGGUUGUUAUAUUGUGUAGCGAGCACAAAGAACAACUCAGUUUUGUUCUUUUUUCUAAUACCAGACGUCCAGAUGCACAAACAACCUUGAGUGCCUAUUUCUUGGGAAUCAGCCUUUUUAACUCGUAUGAAGAGUUCUUAUUAUUGGUUUUGCAGACACAAAAAUGUAAAUUAUUGGCAAAAAAAUAUAAAUUGUUGACACUACCAUAUAGUAAAAUAUGAGAGGGAGAGAAAAAAGCCUCACUGAUAUCGAGAUUACUACCAGGGAGCCUCGCCUAUUGGUUCAUCUUUAACUGAACAUGGGAUAUGGUUGGAUAUGGUUGAAAUUUAGGAAAUUUUCACUUGAAUGGCUUCUAAUUGUAUACUCCAUCUGUAUUGCAAUAUUUG